AUGGGGACUGUGAAAGUCUUCUGUGUCCUUUUCAUGCUGCAUCUGUGUUUCUUCGACUCUGGAAGAAGUGGGAAAAUACUUGUUUGGCCAAUGGACUUCAGUCACUGGAUUAAUUUAAAAGUUAUUCUGGACGAACUUCAGCUUCGUGGGCACGAGAUAACCGUCCUGGUAGCUUCACCAAGCCUGCUGCUUGAUCAUACCAAGAUUCCCUUUAAUGUGGAGGUCCUCCAACUUCCAGUAACCAAAGAAACUCUCAUGGAAGAGAUCAAUGGCUUUAUCUAUGAAACUUCUUCUGAACUGCCAAAACUUCCAUGGUGGUACAGGUACCUAAGGAUUGCAAAAAUCGAAAAGAGUUUUGGAAGUGCAUUGAAAAGAAUAUGUGACAGUGCUGUAACGAAUAAGGAGUUACUCGCCAAGCUAAAGGCAGCUAAGUUUGAUAUCUGCUUUGCUGACCCUUUAAGCUUUUGUGGAGAGUUGGUGGCUGAGCUUCUCAAUAUUCCAUUCAUGUAUACUUUCCGGUUUUCUAUUGGGAACUUCUAUGAGCGAUUUUGUGCUGGACUUCCCAGUCCUUCUUCAUAUGUUCCUGGCAGCACAUCAGGACUGACAGACAACAUGCCUUUUGUACAGAGGCUGAAAAAUUGGUUACUAUAUGUAAUGUAUGAUGUGAUGCAUUUUUACUACCUAUUUCCAGAAUGGGAUGAGUAUUACAGCAGUGUUUUAGGAAGACCUACCACAUUUUGUGAGAUUAUGGGAAAAGCAGAAAUGUGGUUGAUUCGAACUUACUGGGAUUUUGAAUUUCCUCGCCCUUAUUUACCUAAUUUUGAAUUUGUUGGAGGACUUCACUGCAGGCCUGCAAAGCCCCUCCCUGAGGAAUUGGAAGAGUUUGUCCAGAGCUCUGGAAAAGAUGGAGUCGUGGUAUUUACUCUGGGGUCAAUGGUCCAAAAUCUCACAGAAGAAAAGGCUAACAUGAUUGCAUCAGCCCUUGCCCUGAUUCCACAGAAGGUUCUGUGGAGAUACACAGGAAAGAAACCAGAUACAUUAGGACCCAAUACAAGGCUCUAUGAAUGGAUUCCACAGAAUGAUCUUCUUGGUAAGACCAAAGAAACUAAACAGACUGGAAUAGCAAAUGAGAUCAAACUUUGGCAUUUUCAGCCAACGUAUGCUACAUUCUUAUUUCUGAACCUUUAAAAUGCUAUCUCUCAUCAAGAAUUUUAAGAAUAUAUGACAUAAUUUCAGGUGUAUCAUGUACUUAACAAAUUCUUUAAGUUGCUAUCCAUGUAUUCAAUCUUCAGCUACAAAGAGAAUGCUAUGAGGUUAUCAAAGAUUCACCACGAUCAGCCUGUGAAGCCCCUGGACCGAGCAGUCUUCUGGACUGAAUUUGUCAUGCGCCACAAAGGAGCCAAGCACCUGCGGCCAGCUUCCCACAAUCUCACCUGGUUCCAGUACCACUCCUUAGACGUGAUUGGGUUCCUACUGGCCUGUGUGGCAACUAGUAUAUUUCUGUUCACAAAAUGUUGCCUUUUUUGCUUUAGAAAGUUUGGUAAGACAUGGAAGAAAACAAAGAGGGAGUAG